UCAGUCGAGUCUCUCUCUCUAAAUGUCUAUAACAUCUCUUCAUUAUUGGCCCCAAUUUACACCCUCAAUCCUUGCCGGCCUACCCUUUUCUCUACCCCUACAACUCGCAAAAGAAGCGAAACGGCGUCGUCUUCACAAGCCUCUGCUCUCGGCGCUCUUUCCCGACAAAUAUCUAGCCAUUAAAAAAGGAAAUGCCUUCUUUAUAGAGAUCCACAAAACCGCCACUCACUCUGUAACAGCGAACCGAUCUCUCCUCUCGUCUUUCUCAGUCACUUUUCCAUCUCCAGCUUCGUACGGUUCCCUCCCAACCACCGCACCCCGUCGACCUUCCUCACACGCGCCACCAAUAUGGCAUCCACCAUCUUCGCCACUCGCCGCCCAUGGCGCGAAUUAAUUGAGCGCCCAUACUCCCUCGGCAAUACCACAGUCCGCAUAAAACGGAACCUCUCCUACUUUAGCGUUAAUUACACAAUGAUAAUCCUCUCUGUCCUCUUCUUAAGCCUCUUAUGGCACCCUCUCUCAAUGAUUGUCUUCUUGAUCGUCUUCGUCGCCUGGUUUUACCUUUACUUCUUUCGUGACCAGCCAUUGGUGAUUUUCCACCGCACGAUUAAUGAUCGUGUGGUGCUUGGUUUGCUCGGUGUCGCUACUAUUGUUGCUUUGAUUUUCACACACGUGUGGUUAAAUGUCUUGGUUUCGCUUUUGAUUGGAGCUGCUAUUGUUCUCUUACACGCUGCGUUUAGAAGAACUGAUGACUUGUAUCUGGACGAGCAAGAUUUGCCAUCGCCUAUCGCUCGACACGCAACGGUAACUAUGGCUUCCCCGUCUCGGGAUCCGGUUCCACCAGAAUUUCAUCCUCAAGUCCACUCAGAUGUAGUCAAACUCAGCCCAGAUGUAGUCAAACUCCGCCCAGAUGUAGUCAAACCAUGGUGUUAAAAUCACUGACUCGAAAUAUUUUACGACUCAAUAUAUACUUAAUGUAAAAUUAUUUUAAAAACUCAAAAAUAAAUGAAAUUAAGUUGAACUCGGGUAAAAUUAUUAAAAUUAGAUGAAAUUAUGUAAUAACAUAAUUUCAAAACCGUUUUAACGAUUUGAACAUAAAUAAUAAAAUUAUUGUUAUUAUUUCA